GGGUCAAUAAUCGUCCACAAUCGCGUGACGUCAUUUAUGGACGGCCCCAAAGCUCGCACGCGGGUUGGUCACGAGGAGGUGGAGCUCUCGGCGCCGACCAAUGGGAGCGAUGCCCGCGCGGCCGGGCUCGCCUGUCCGAGCUGGGAAAUCCGAAGCGCGCGUCGGGGCCCAGAGAGGGAGAGAGAGGCUGCCGGGGCACUCCACAAAUCCGCGACCGAGCGCCGUCAGGGCCCUAGCGAGUCGCCAGGGGCAGUAGCCCCAGCAGGAGCAGGGGCAGCAGGAGCGGGGGGACUCGGCCUACCCGCGCGAUGCCGCCAGCGUGAGAGCCAGCGGCCACCGGUGACCAGGAGUCGCAAGGAAUGGCCAGCCAGUGAGAUGGACAAUAGGAGCAACGGGGACAUGCGUGGACAGCGGAGAACGCACAGACGCCCCCCGCCCGUGCCAGGCGAGGGGGGGGCGUUGAAGGCGUCUGCCGUGGGGGGCGCGCCUCCCCCCCACAUGGAGCCCCCCGUGCGCUCCCAGCUCUUCUCCAUCCAGCAGUUCGGGGCCCGCGACAACCUCGUCAAGUGCCUCCUGCUGAGCCGCGAGAGGGAGUACACCACCCCAAGAGACUUCCGGUUCCACGUGGGCACGUACAACGUGAACGGGCAGUCCCCGGGCGAGGCGCUCGGCCCGUGGCUCGCAGGCGACCCCGAGCCGCCUGACGUCUACUGCGUGGGGUUCCAGGAGCUGGACCUGAGCAAGGAGGCGUUUGUGUUCAGCGACUCCCCCAAGGAGGAGGAGUGGCUCCGUGCCGUCACCGAGAGCCUGCACCCGGGGGCACGAUACGUCAAGGUGCGGCUGGUGAGGCUGGUUGGGAUGAUGCUGCUGGUGUUUGCGAGGGAGGAGCACGCCUCGUUCAUCUCCGAGGUGGAGGCUGAGACCGUGGGGACCGGAAUCAUGGGCAAGAUGGGAAACAAAGGCGGCGUGGCGGUGCGCUUCCUCCUGCACAGUUCGUCGGUGUGCGUGGUGAACGCUCACCUCGCCGCCCACACCGAGGAGGUGGAGCGCCGUAACCAGGACUACCGCGACAUCGUCUCCCGCCUCUCCUUCCCGCAGAUCGACGCCACUCUGCCACGCCUCUCCAUCCCCAACCACGACAUCAUCCUGUGGCUGGGCGACCUCAACUACCGGCUGACUGAGGUGGACGUGGAGAAGGUGAAGCUGCUCAUCGAGGACCAGGACUUCCAGACGCUGCAGCAGCAUGACCAGUCUGGUGCGGUGUGCCAGCUGAGCCUGCAGAGGGGCAAGAAGUUGGCGUUCUCGGGCUACUCGGAGGGGGCCGUCACCUUCCAGCCCACGUACAAGUACGACACGGGCUCCAGCAAGUGGGACACGAGCGAGAAGUGCCGUGUGCCGGCGUGGUGUGACCGCGUGCUGUGGAAGGGCCCCGGCGUGCAGCUGCUGCGUUACGGCAGCCACAUGGAGCUGUGUGUGAGCGACCACAAACCCGUCAGCGCCGUCUUCAACAUCGCGGUGAGCGUGCUCGACACGGUGCUCUACAAGCGUGUGUUUGAGGACGUCGUCAAGACCAUGGACAAGAUGGAGAACGAGUGCCUCCCCUCUGUGACGCUCAGCCAGCGCGAGUUUGUGUUCCCGGAGGUGAAGUUCCUGCAGCUGCAGGUGCAGUCUCUGUUCAUCACCAACGACGGGCAGGGCCCGUGCCAGUUUGAGUUCAUCUGCAAACUCGACGAGACCUCCUACUGCAAGGAGUGGCUCAGCGCCUCGCCCAACAAGGCCAUCAUCAAGCCCGGGGCCACCGUGGAGGUGGAGCUGGAGGUCUACGUGAACAAGUCGACCGCCCCUCGGCUCAACUCGGGCGACGACCGCGUCGAGGACAUCCUGGUGCUGCACCUGGCCGGCGGCAAGGACUACUUUGUGACCGUGAGCGGCUCCUACCUGCCCAGCUGCUUUGGCUCCUCGCUGCAGGCGCUGUGCCGAAUGCGCGAGCCGGUGCGGGAGGUGCGGCCCGGCGUGCUGCUCGCGCUGGGUGAUGAAGGGUUUCCCCAAACAGAGCAGGCGCAGCUUCCCCCGUGUGUGGAUGAGCGAGUGGCUCAGUGUGCGUUCUUUGAGAAGCCGCUUCACGUCCCCAAGGAGCUCUGGAUGAUGGUCGACCACCUCUACCAGCACGGCUGCCAGCAGGAGGACUUAUUUCAGCAGCCAGGGCUGCAUGCCGAGAUGGAGGAGAUCCGAGACGCCCUGGACACAGGGUUCCCGGAGAAACUUCCCGGCAGCAACCACUCGGUGGCCGAGGCGCUGCUCAUCUUCCUGGAGGCGCUGCCCGAGCCGGUGGUGUGCUACGAGCUCUACUCGCGCUGCCUGGACGCGUCCGCCAGCUACGCGCAGAGCAAGCAGGAGCUCUCGCGCCUGCCCGGGUGCCAUGACAGUGCGUUCCACUACCUGGCCGCGUUCCUUCGCGAGCUGCUCAAGCACUCGGCCGCCAACCACACGGACGCUCGCAUGCUGGCCUCGGUGUUCGGUUCGGUGCUGCUCCGCCCCCCGCCCAACCGGCGCCGCCUUCCGGACGACCGCAGGAAGCACAUCGCCUUCAUGCAGCACUUCCUCUCGCACGACGAGAGCAGCUGAUUGGCCGCCGACGCGGGUCACGUGACUCCGGCGGCCAUGUUGCUGCCCCCCCCCCCCCCCCGCGUGCACCGGUGUCCGACCUUGCGGGGGCGGGGUUGGUGGUUGGACUUGCGAGGUCAGGUUUCAGGAAGAGGUUAAAUUAUAACGAGAUUGGGUUUGUGAAUGCUGGCGGUGGACGGGGGAGGUGGGGGCUGGUAAGGGAGUGGGGGGAGCAGUGGUCGUCGGAGUCGUGGCGAAUGUGUGUCCUCGAAACAAGGUGCGUGGGUCUCGUGUCAACGACGGUGACAAUCGUGACAAUAAUCUCUGCAUCUACAUGGCCAUUACGCCGGUGCUUCGGCAACUCCAAGCGCCUUCCAUCGCUGCUCCUCUGUCGCUUUCAAGGGGUACCCACCAGCAUCAGCUGCUCCCCGCGGGAGACAAAUGUGGCAUCGGACACAUGGCGUGAAAAAUUGGGCGUUGGUCUGCCGGUGGAGGUGGGGGGGGGGUGGGUGCGCAUGAUUGCUGCUGUAUGCUCAAUCUAGAGGUGAUUUCUUUUUUUUAAUUUAGCGAAUUGCAGGUCUCUCACUUUGGCCACGUUUUACACAGCUGCACAAUCGCGCAGAGCGACGCCGGAUUGGUGGGUGGAGCUGCGUUGGGACGCUCUCCCGCGCCAGGCGGUCCCAGUUUUAGUCCCGGUCCCGAGUCAUUUAGCUGCAUCGAGGCAUCGGUGCUCAUCACCCGUUUGCAGCCCUGCAGAGGCAUUGGUGGAAAGUUCACAUCGCUGUGGCAGCGGGCCGGCGAGCCUUUCCACAGGACAGCCGCUGUUGAUCUUUCACUAAAAAUCGGUUCUCAUUUCUAUCGAUCCCCCGAGAGAUAGGCGCGAUCAAGUCGACCUCCCCCCACCUCAACCUGGGUUUGAACUUACAACCUUCCACUUGCGAGCCGCUCCCUCUACCGCUAAGCCGUGAUAAGUACAGUGACCAGUGCAGCAGUGGAUCAGUAUGUUAGCUAGAGUAGCAGUGGAUUAGCACGGUAGCAGUGGGUUAGCACGGUAGCUGUGUAGUAGUGGAUCAGCACGGUAGCUGGUGUAGCAGUGGGUUAGCACGGUAGCUGGUGUAGCAGUGGGUUAGCACGGUAGCUGGUGUAGCACGGUAGCUGGUGUAGCAGUGGAUUAGCACGGUAGCUGGUGUAACAGUGGAUUAGCACGGUAGCUGGUGUAACAGUGGAUUAGCACGGUAGCUGGUGUAACAGUGGAUUAGCACGGUAGCUGGUGUAACAGUGGAUCAGCACGGUAACAGUGGAUUAGCACGGUAGCUGGUGUAGCAGUGGGUUAGCACGGUAGCUGGUGUAGCAGUGGAUUAACACGGUGGCUGGUGUAGCAGUGGGUUAGCACGGUAGCUGGUGUAGCAGUGGGUUAGCAUGGUAGCUGGUGUAGCACGGUAGCUGGUGUAGCAGUGAGUUAGCACGGUAGCUGGUGUAGCAGUGGAUCAGCACGGUAGCUGGUGUAGCAGUGGAUCAGCACGGUAGCUGGUGUAGCAGUGGGUUAGCACGGUGGCUGGUGUAGCAGUUGAUGGAGCAGAGACGUGGGCUAAUUUAACCUUCAUGGAGGUAGCAGGGUUUUGGUAAAUAACGCACACACACCAGGGCAGCGCCACCCUUGAGUUCACCCGGUAUGUUGAGGACACACACUCGUACCAGCCACUGUUAUGAUGUGUGGGUUAGGGCCGGGGAGGGGAGUGAGACGAGAGAGAGAGGGGGGAGGUUGAAGAGAGAUCGUGUGGAGGAGGGGAGUUGGGGAAGUGCAGGUCCAUGGAGUGUCUCGCGGACCGUGAGUCGGGUGAUUGGGGGUGUCUGAGUGACGUGGUCUCGGUGGGACGUGGUGACCGCCAAUCACCUGCGCUCAUUACACCGUUCACUGCUCAAAUGUGGCCUCACUGCGGAGUUGAUGGGGUCUCAAUGGGUCGUGUGAGGAGGGCUGCAGGAGUGACAGUUCAGUGGGCGGUUGUGUCUCCACGUGUCUCCACGUGUCUCCACGUGUCUCCACGUGUCUCCUGUGUCUCCACGUGUCUCCUGUGUCUCCACGUGUCUCCACGUGUCUCCUGUGUCUCCACGUGUCUCCACGUGUCUCCUGUGUCUCCCCCCAUGUCCACUUAUCUCCCCGUGUCUCCGCGCGUCUUCCGGCGUCUUCCCAUGUCUCCAAAUGUCUCCCGCAUGUCUCUCCUUCUCCCCACAGCUAUCCACGUCUCCACGUGUCCCCACGUCUCCACGUGUCUACUGUGUCUCCACGUGUCUCCCAGCGUCUCUCCGCGUUGUCCUGCGUCUCACCGUGUCUCGGUGCAUAUCACCACCUUCCCUGCACCACACCUCAUCUCCCAGCACCACACCUCAUCUCUCUGCACCUCAUCUCCCUGCACCUGAUCUCCCACGUGUGUCCUCACUCCCCCCCCCGUCUCCCCGCGCGUCUCUCUGCGUUUCUCUGUUUAUCCGCCCGUGUCUCCGCGAGUCUCGCCACUUCUCCCCGUGCCUCCGCGUGUUUUUAACAUGAAUGUGUUUUUUUUAUCCAGCUUCAUAACCUAAUGGGGUUGGGGUGGGGGUGGGGCUAGGGUUAUGGUUGGGGUCACGGUGAUUCCCACGCCGCCGCCGCCGCCGUGGUCUCACGCGUUUGGUUAUUUUCCAGGGCGACCCUGGAGGAGAAUGAUUCGUAAUAAUGGAGCCGGCGCCGCCGGUGCCAAUGGUUCAGCAGCGCAGCCCUGCGGGGCGCUCUCAGAGCAAGAUGGGGCGCGUUUGAGACGACGCGGCCCAUUGGAUGGACGACAUAUCCAAGGGGGUGAUUGGAAAGCGCGUUGUGACCCCCUGUGAGCUGGGGCGAGGAUUAUAACCCCUCCCCUCGGCUGCAGCUCUUCCACACACGUAGACUAAGAUCCCUACCGCCUCGGCUACAGCUCCCGUCCCGUCAUCCCGGCUACAGCGUCACGCGGAUAAACUAGACCCACCUCCCGUCCUACCCCGUGACCCACAUGGAGAAACAAAGCCUCCUCUCCCCGUCGUUCCGUAACUCGUUGUCUCUAGCCCGCUGUCCUAUUUCGCCGGCCGCAGCUCCUCGUCGUCACCAAAGAGAGAGAGAGAGGGAGGGAGGCGGGGGGGGGCUGGUGGAGCUCCGGCCGUGCACCGGGAGCAGCCACGAGUGGCGCUGAACGCGUUACCGCCGCGGCUUGGAGCGACAAUUGCCGGAUCGCGUCUGAACGACCAGACAGUAACGGCCAGUCGCAGCUCGUCAAUCUGGGUGGUGCCGCGUUUAGCGCGCACCGCGCGAACCCGCCGCAUGAAAGUCGAGUCGAGUCUGCCCUGAACAAUCGGUUGCCUGCAAUCGGUUGCCUGCGACCGAUUGUUCAGCUGGUUGUAACUGAUUGUGGAGACAGGUUGGGGGUCCCACCACACCCGAGCGGCCGGGUCGCUGAGCGAACCACCGUGUUCGAGUGGGUUUUGUGUCCCCAGGCGAUAACUCGAGAGACCGAGGAUAGAGGCUCAUUUGCAAUGGGGGAGGGGGAGGGGGGGGGGUGGGUGUCUGGAUUGCUCAAAAGUCGAGUUCACAUCUCUGUUGUGAGCAACCUGUUUGCGAAGACGACCACGUGGAAGGGAUGGAGUUGCAUGCGACUAGUUUGUGUGUGUGGACUGCGCUGUAACCACCCCCUCCCUCCUUCGCCCCCGUGCACACUGCAAUAAUAACAAUGAGAGCGGUGUUGUUUUAAUGUUCAUGGCCUAGCCCGAAAUUAGGUCCCAAUCUAUAUUAUAUUAUAUGUGUGUACGUGUGUGUGUCACUCUAUUAUAAAGGUCUCGUACGUGUCUAUACAUCCAACCUGCCGAUGCUC